AUGCUCGAUGGCUUCGCUACCCCGACCAAACUACGUCCUGCGUCUGUUCUCCCGGAUGCGGAGCUCAAAGGCUACAAUGCAAGUACGCAUGAGAUGAGGUGUGAUAUGAUGGUGAACUGGCUUUAUCAACAGCAAGCUGAGAGACUGUGGACUUCCGGUGGCCCGGAUGAGGGUGUCAUACUCAAGAAAUGGGGAAGCGAAUACACUGCCUGCCCUGCAGACCUGAUGUCGGAGCCAGACGGGUUUGCUGCGGCAGUACAGCAUCUCAACGUUCGCUGUGCUGUGACCGUCACCACUCGCGUGGUCAAACUAUUCCUACACAACAAUACCUACGGAUUCGUACCACUCAGGGACGGCCUACGGCUACAGGUUCUGCCCGACAUUUCCCAGCUCCCGCGCUGCCAGAAGCAUCAGUUUGCUGCUUUCAUCGCAGACCGUGGCAGUCUGGUCGUAUGGGAUGACGAUCCUAAGCACAUCCUUGACCGUGCCGCGAAGAUCGAGCAAGAGCUCAUGGAGAUGCUCUGGAAUGAGAAGCGCGAAGCUAUUGACAGCAUCAGCGAGAUACACGAGCCAGGUGCUGUCCCUGUCGAAGAUGUCGCAUCCGCAUCCGCAUCCGCAUCCGCAACCGACGUCGAAGUUGGCGCCGUGGAGAAACCUCGCAGCAUUGUUAUGCUGACGCCAGUAACCUGCGGUAUGACCCUGGCGUUGACAGUCAGUGCGCUUGGUUCUGGCUGGGCGCGCAUUGUGAAAGAGAGCUCUAUCGACCAUACCUACUACCGAUUCGGACUUCUUCUGGUCGUCGCCCUUCAGGCCUGGCUUUGUCUCUUCUUCUUCCAAUCUCUGGUUGGCUGCGUUAUGCAGAUCGUGGGCCCAAUCGCGCAGAUCCAUCGCAACACCAAGUACUACAGCGGUGUCAAACCGAAGCGCCUUCGCCGCGAUGCCGCCGGCCCUCUGCCACAUGUUACGAUACAGAUGCCAGUCUACAAAGAGGGCUUGCGAGCAGUCAUCGAGCCUACCGUCCAUUCUGUUAAGGCGGCUAUCUCGACUUAUGAAAAGCAAGGCGGGACUGCGAAUAUUUUCGUCGAUGACGACGGUAUGCAGCUCAUCUCUGCAGAGGACUCGCAGGCCCGACAAGACUUCUACGAGGAACACAACAUCGGAUGGGUUGCACGCCCGAAGCAUAACCCCAAGCCAAGUGACGGUGUCUCGGAGCCCUUCCUCCGCAGGGGCAAGUUCAAGAAGGCAUCGAACAUGAACUACGCCAUGUGGGUCAGUUGCAGGGUGGAAGAUCGUCUGCUGUCACUUGAUGUGCAACGCGGUGAAAAAUGGACUCAAGAUGAUGAGGCACAAGUCUACUCCGAGGCUCUUAAUCAAGUCAUAACCGAAGAUCGAGGUCGAACAUGGGCUGACGGCAACAUUCGCUUUGGCGAUUAUAUACUGAUUAUCGACUCCGACACCCGCGUACCAGAGGAUUGCUUCCUCGACGCAGUUUCUGAGAUGGAACAGAGCCCAGAAGUUGCGAUCCUUCAGUAUUCCUCGGGUGUGAUGAACGUCACGAACUCCUUCUUCGAGCGAGGUAUCACGUUCUUCACAAAUCUGGUGUAUACCGCUAUCCGCUUCGCCGUCGCAUGCGGCGAUGUUGCACCUUUCGUUGGUCAUAAUGCCGUUCUUCGCUGGUCAGCACUGCAAGAUAUUGCGUAUGACUGUCCGGACGAUCACCGCGAGAAGUAUUGGUCAGAGAGUACGGUCUCCGAAGACUUUGACAUGGCGCUUCGGUUACAGGCCGCAGGCUACUUGGUCCGCCUUGGUGCUUACCAGGGUGACGGCUUCAAGGAAGGUGUCUCCCUCACGGUUUACGACGAGUUAGCACGAUGGGAGAAGUAUGCGUACGGUUGUUCAGAGCUUGUGUUCCACCCUGUCAAGUAUUGGUUGAUCCGAGGACCAUUCACCAAGCUUUUCAGGACCUUUCUUGGAUCCCGCAUGCCACUGCCUUCGAAGGUAACCAUCAUGGCAUACAUUGGAACCUACUACGCACUGGCAUCGUCCUGGAUCCUUACCUUAGCGAACUACUUCCUUACCGGCUGGAUGAAUGGUAAGCUGGACCACUACUUCAUGGACAGCUUCAAGAUCUAUGUCGCGGUCGUUGUGAUAUUCUCUGGCAUGGGCAACGUAGCCCUAGGUGUCCUCCGCUAUAGAACGGGUGAGAAGAGCCUCUUCUCUGCUCUACUCGAGAACUUUUGCUGGAUGCCGCUACUCUACAUCUUCCUCGGAGGCGUCAGCUUACACACUUCGCAAGCGAUUGUAAGCCAUUUGCUAGGUUUCAAUAUGACAUGGGGCGCUACCAACAAAGAAGCUGAAGAUACUACCUUCUUCCAAGAGAUUCCGAAGAUCCUUCGAGGUUUCAAAGGGACGCUCGUGUUCUGUUUUGGAAGCGCAAUAACAAUGAUCGUCCUUGCAACGGCUGUCCCACUGUUUUGGCGGAUCAACAUUUUCAUCGCCGUCUUCCCGCUCAGCACGGUGGUGUGCGCUCACUUCUUGCUGCCUAUUGCACUGUCUCCGGGGCUGAUGCGCUUCACAUGGUAG